CAGGACUGCUACGACCUCCUUCGAUCAGGAAGAAAACGAAAGUGGCAUCUACACAAUUUAUCCUCAAACAUGUGGAAUUCCGAGUGAAGGAAGGGGUCGCCGUCUGGUGUGACAUGGGCGAGAAAGACGUCAACGAAGGUGGAUGGACCGUUGUCCUUCUUCGGAGAGCUCUCAGUACCCAGGUGAACUUUAACAGAGGAUGGCACGAUUACAGAAUUGGAUUUGGGAGUCCAGACACUGAAUACUGGAUAGGUAACGACAUGCUCCACGCCCUCACGAACGGAGUAACCCAAGUGCUCCGGGUGGACAUGACCGACUGGGACGGGGAGUCCCGGUACCAAGAGUACAGCUCCUUCCACGUCGCCGACGAAGAACACGAGUACAGCCUCCGACUGGGGACGGGAUCCGGGAAUGCUGGGGAUGCCCUCAAAAAUCAUGAUAACAUGCUCUUCUCCACUCCCGACAGAGAUAACGAUACUCACAAAUCCCGUAACUGCGCAGCUAAAUACGGCAGUGGCUUCUGGUUUCUAAAUUGUUACUUCACGAGUCCAACGAACCCACUUCUGAGCAAGGAGAAAAACGAGAAUGGGAUAAAUUGGAACACGUUCAACUCUGCCAAAACCACGCUGAAAAACGUCACCUUUAAAGUGAAGCCAGCUAUGUGUUAUAGAGGAUGAUUUCUUUCUGUCAUAAAUCUUAAAACCCAGUGUCAAUCCAUGUGCAACAAAACUUGUUUCAAAGGACUGUAAAGGGUGACUGAGAGAAAAUUAAGAAAACAGAGACAUUUGUAAAUUGCGAAUAAAUAGUAGUCUACUGGGUGUUCUUCAGCAAGCGACCUUGGUGGCUUCCCUCUCAUUUACAUAACACCUGAGUGCUCAUGAUUAUCUAAUAGAUCCAUGAAUGUUCUUGUCUUUCCUAAGCUUACUCAAAGUAACAGGGAAGAAGCCAGGCGGAUGUGGGAAUGCUCAAAUUUAUACCAAGUUUCCUUAAUGAAGAAGCUUACAAAUAGCAAUGAAAGCCAGCUAAGAUCUCAUAUUGUUGUAUUGACAAGGUACGCAUGGAAUUAUAAUACCCAUAGAAAGUUUGUACUGUGAUCCUAAAGUGUUUUUUUAAUGAAAACAAAAUAUUUUUAAUUAUUCAUCUGGUUAGUGGUAUAAAAAACUGUGGCGAAAGCCUUCCGACGGAGAAAUAAAUGUCUUGUAAAGAUAAAAAAAGAACUUAAGAAAUAAAACUUCUGUAUAAAAAAUAAACAGUACUCCCUCAAAAAUUAAA